CCCCUGCCCUCGCGACCCCCCACCCUCCACCCAACCCCUAUCCCACGACAUGGCCGACAGCCUCGACAGGAGGGAGAGCUUCCCCGACAUGGGCCUGAGGAUGCACUAGAGGUGCCCGGUUGAAUUUCCGCGAUGGAUGGAAUGUGUGAGGACAGAACCAAAAUGACCAGCCAGCAGGCUCUCUGCGUCUCGGACGCAGACGUAAGCGGGAAACGCCGACGCGGCAUCUCAACUCUCAAGAUGUUUAUCGUGGCGCUGUCCUUCGCCUAUUUCUGCAAGACCCUGACGGGAACCUUCAUGAAGAGCUCCAUCACGCAACUCGAGAGACGUUUCGACCUCUCCAGCUCGCACAUCGGCCUCAUAGACGGCAGCUUCGAGAUGGGCAACCUGUUAUUUCUAGCCGUGGUCAGCCAUUUCGGCACCAAGAUGCAUCGGCCCAGGCUCAUCGCAGGGGGCUCCGUUCUGAUGGCGGCGGGGGCCCUGCUCACCGGUCUGACGCACUUCUUCAUGGGACCCUACAAGUACGAGACGGUCAUCACAGCUUUCCAGAAUGACAGUACGAGCCCAGUCGCCUGUCUCAGUCCUGAGAACGACGCGAGCCACUGGAACCAAGCAAGACCCAACGCGACACAAGCCUGCGAAAAGGAGCCCGGUUCCAACAUGUGGAUCUACGUGUUGCUGGGGAAUGCCUUGCGGGGGGUCGGAGAGACUCCCGUCACGCCUCUGGGCAUCUCGUACAUCGACGACUUCGCCAGAGCUGAAAACUCUCCCUUCUACAUCGCUUGUCUGCAGACUAUUGCCCUCCUUGGCCCUGUGUUUGGCUACCUCCUUGGCUCCUAUUGUGCCACUAUCUACGUUGACAUUGGAUAUAUUGAUAUGGAAACUGUAACCAUCUCUCCAAAUGAUGCCCGGUGGGUGGGAGCCUGGUGGAUGGGCAUGCUGGUGUCCGCCGGCCUCCUCUUCCUUUCCAGCCUUCCCUUCUGGUUCUUCCCCCGCUCACCUGAGGUCGAAGAGGCCGAGGCCACGCCUGUGGAAGAGAUACCGGACGCCAGAGCGGACCCCCCCGGCAAUGACAAGACCGUUAAAAAGAUCGCAGAAAUCGCCCAAGGUUUCCUUCCGUCACUGAGGCAGCUGCUGUGCAAUCCGGUCUACUUCCUGCUCAUUUGCGGCAGCACGCUGAAGUUCAACUCGCUUGUCGGCAUGUUCACCUUUAACGCCAAAUACAUAGAGCAGCAGUUUGGACAAUCGGCAUCCAGGGCCAACUUCCUCAUAGGGGUUCUGACCCUGCCAGCCGUCGCCAUGGGGAUCUUCCUGGGGGGCGUCGUGAUGAAGCGCUACAAGCUCAGCGUCGUGUCGGGGGCUCAGUUCUCUUUCGCCGUGUCCCUCGGGGCCUACUUACUCAUGUUGCUCAAGUUCGGCACCAAGUGCCACAACAUUCCCGUGGCUGGACUCACCGCCUCGUACAAUGGGACGCUAGGAGCGUUACACGGUGGCCAAGCGCUCUUCUCGGAGUGCAACAGAAACUGUUCUUGCUCGGCGGAGGACUGGGACCCGGUGUGCUCGGACAGUGGCAUCACGUACAUCUCGCCGUGUAUGGCCAGCUGCCUAAGCUACAGUGGAUUCGGCAAAAAAACAGUUUUCCACAACUGCACCUGUGUGUCUGCGUCCUUCCCGGCGGGCAGCAGCACUUCGGUCAAACUGGGGCAGUGCCCCCAAGCCAAAAGCUGCAGCCGCAGUUUCAGCUUCUACAUGGCUGUGUCCGUUCUCAGCGCCUUCAUCAGCUCCCUGGGGAUCACGCCUGCCUACAUGGUCACGAUAAGAUGCAUCUCGCCGCAUCUGAAAUCCCUCGCCCUGGGUAUGCAGACCAUGAUUAUUCGGGUCCUUGGUAAGAGUUGGUUAGGCAACGAAAUGCGCAGCAUUUGCGUCACUUCAUUCAUGAUUUGGACAUUCUACGACUGGUUUUCGACAGGCGGGAUUCCAGCGCCGAUUUACUUUGGUGCGUUUAUUGAUUUGACGUGCUUGAAGUGGUCUGUUAAAAAGUGCGGGGGUAGAGGUGCUUGUCGCCUUUACGAUGCCAAUAUGUACAGGGUCAUCUUCCUGGGUCUGGUUUCCGGUAUCAGCGGCAUUUCCUUUUUCUUUGCAUUCGCUGUGAUAAUCCUCCUCCGUAAACAGUCCCAAAACGAGGAGGAUGAGCCGAAAGCCCUCAAGCAAAUGGAACUUCACGCCCAAUCACGAUUUACGGAUGAAGCACUCAACGCGAGGGCCGCGCAGGAGGUCGUGGGGAUUCCCAAAAACGGCGUCGCCACCGCACGCGACGCUGCCGAGGCCGCGCUGCAAACCGACGAGGACCAUUGCGAAGCCGGCAAAAACGCAGAAGUGGAACAUCCAGAAAAGAAAAUGACUAUUGUGAAAAUAACUCAUUUGAAAUCGGCCCAUUCCCACUGAAGCCGCUUUGUUUUCCUCUUAUACGUUAAGAGUAUUAUGAAGUAUUUGAUCAUUAUUAUCUAGCCUUGCAAAGGGGUGAAAUAUUUACCGUAAAUUUCUGGAAAGUUUACGGUAAAAUUUCAAUGGGAAAAAUUCACAUGUACAACAAAGCCACCA